GUGAUUCCAGUAUGGUUUUACAGGCUCAGGAGGAGAUUAUUGAAAUGAAAGAUGUUUUUUCAGUAAAACUGAAACGUCGUCGUUUUGCAGGACAGAAAAAUGGUGGUACUUUGUUGGGUAUCACAAUUUUUAAAUGCCUGAAUAAAGAAGAAAAUAAACUAACAGACUGUGCUAUCCACUUAAAUAACUUAAGUGAAGAUCAUUGUCAUUUAUGGUUUAGACAUCUAAAGGAAAUUUUGAAUGGUUUUCAAAAUAGACCAAAAUCCUUAAAAGUGUUUGUUAAUCCAAGCAGCCACAAAAGAGAAGCCACUCAUGUUUAUUUUGAACAAGUUGCACCUCUUUUUAAGCUUGCUGACAUCAAAACUGAUGUCACAGUAACUGAAUAUGAAGGACAUGCUCUCUCAGUACUUAAAGAAUGUGAACUCCAGGCGUUUGAUGGGGUUGUGUGUGUCGGUGGAGAUGGAUCUGUCAGUGAAGUUGCUCAUGGUCUACUACUUAAAGCCCAGAUAGAUGCUGGAAAAGACACAGACUAUAUACCAAAGCCUGUCAGAGCACCGGUUCCUCUUGGAGUAAUACCAGCAGGUACUACGAAUAUAUUGGCUCAUACUCUCCAUGGUAUUAAGCAUGCAGUGACUGCAACGUUGCACAUUGUAAUGGGACAUAUUCAACCAGUAGAUGUCUGUACUUUCAGUACUCCAAGCAAGCUGUUACGGUUUGGGUUUUCAGCUAUGUUUGGUUUUGGUGCAAGGACUCUAGCUUUGGCUGAAAAACACCGUUGGAUGCCCUCCAAUCAGCGGAAGGAUUUUGCUUUUAUCAAAACACUGACAGAUCUCAAGCCAGAAGAAUGUGAAUUAUCAUUUCUACCUCUACAAAUUCCACAGGAAGGCUCUCAUGAUAAUGACAGAAAGAAGAAAGAGAAAAUUAAAAAAAAAGGUGGCAAGGAUCAAUGGCACAAAAUUCAGGGUCACUUCCUGAAUGUGAGCAUUAUGGCAAUCCCUUGUCUGUGUUCGAUGGCACCAAGAGGCUUGGCACCUAAUACGAGGUUGAAUAAUGGAAGCAUGGCUCUUAUUGUUGUACAAAAUACUUCUCGAACAGAGUUUAUAAAACACCUGAAAAGAUAUGCCAGCGUAAAAAAUCAGUUCAAUUUUCCCUUUGUUGAGACCUACACAGUUCAAGAAGUAAAAGUACAACCAAGACUUAAAAUGGGGCUUGAUGCCAAAGAAAAUACAUAUUUGAAUGCUGCUGCUGCAGAAGGAAAUUACCCUUGGAAUAUAGAUGGAGACUUAAUGAAAGAAGCAUCAGAAGUUCAUGUUCGGGUGCAUCCUCAACUUAUUAAUCUCUAUGGAGUGAACACUGAUGACCUGGCGAGUUCCCAAGCAACAUGCAGUUGCAUAUAGAAGGGACACACUGCAAGUUCUGUAUUAAAGAAUCCUUUUCCCACCUCUAUGCACAGCUUUCCAAGUUCCCAGUCUUUCACUCACUGAAUUCAGUUAUUGUAA